ACCGCCCUUAUAAAAAUAACAUUUGGAACAGGCCCAUGUCUUUGUCAGAUCAAAUUUUGCAGCAGAAGCGGGGCUUAGAGAGACGUGCCCUAUCCGAAACCUUGACGCUGCCUCCUUAGAAGCGUCCCGACCAGUAGGCUCAUGGAGGGUGUUGGGGCCUGUUGGUCAACACUGUCAGCUUUGGACAAUCAGCCUCCAAUCUGAAGGCGCAGCAAUUUCUUAGCCUAUGUCCAAGGACAUUCUGUCCAAUGUAGCCUGGCCAUGAAAGUGGCCCCCCAAAGGGAUGGCGCUUGUCAUCUCCUGGGCCAAUAUAACAGAAUCAUCGUUAACUCCCCAACUGCGAGUCUGCGAUGUGGUUUGAUUUUUACUGACAGCAAUAGCACGACUUAAGGCAACUUCAUUGACUACACACGAAGUUACUUAUACGACGUUGCAAAAAGUUCCUUCGCUGACUCCAUGAAGCUCGAAGGAAACAGCAUCAUGGCAUCGUCCUCGCAGCAACGCAAAUACACCUUCACAUUUGUUGCAAUCCUCGUUCUCGUCAUUAUUUGGUCUCUCAGGUUAUUACUACCCACAGUGUCGGGGUUUGCUAUGCAUCUUGGUAUUGGCGGAAACUCGAGUGUGUCGACACCGCAUGAUUCGGAGUUCAAUGCCAUCACAAAGAACGUAGCUGUAAUCAUUGACGAUCGGCCGCUGGACAAGCUAGUACCUUUGAUCUUGCACUUUUCAUCUGUUCUGGGUCCAAACUGGCCGGUCAUUCUCUUCACUUCACAAAGUGCUAGUCCCAUGUCCGCGCCUUUCCGUCGAGCUAUCAAUGAACGCCGUCUUUCUGUCAGGUUUCUGCCUCCCAAUAUACAGUUCACCAGUCAGCUUUGCGUAUCCGAAUUUCUCACCUCCUCAUGGCUCUGGGAGCAAUUAGCUCCCGCUGAACACGUCCUUUUGUUUCAGGCGGAUAGCAUAUUAUGCUCCACCUCAGCUCUACGAGUUGAAGACUUUUUACAAUACGAUUUUGUCGGUGCACCAAUCGACCCAUCUCUCGGCUAUGGCAAAGGCUUUAAUGGUGGCCUGUCCUUACGCAAUCGGUCGAUGAUUCUGGAUAUUGUCAGUAUUUCGGAUUGGAGAUCCGAGUUUGAUCAUGCCGAGAAUAAAAAUGAGCCAAGUGUCCAAUUCGAAGACCAGUGGUUUUACAAGAAGAUGAAGGAGCUACCAGCCUACGAAAAUGGCGGUCCAGGUGCACGGCUACCCCCCAUAGACGUGGCGAUGACAUUCUCUGUCGAGACAAUGUGGUACGACACUCCUCUGGGUUACCAUCAGAUUGAAAGGUGGCAGAAAGAUCGUCUGGACGAGGUGGAUAAGUGGUGUCCAGAACGUCGCAUAGCGAGCACCGAUCUCCUUGUCACGAAAGGGAACUCGUAGAAGCAUAAUUGGCAUCGAGGGAAGGGGCAUGAGCGCGGCUUCAAAACCUGUGAUAGAGUAGUUUGAACCAGGAACCUUUGCACCUUGUAUUGAUUACAGCAACGGUUUCAAUGGCUUUGAUAUAUUAGCAUAUAUUGAUUCAGAU